CGUGCGCGCGAGUGGUUGUGAGUGUAGUGCGAGUGCGUGCGAGUGCGUACCAGUGUGUGCGAGUGUUAGCGGCGCGGCCGCAGAGUGGGAUGCGAGCGAGCCGCACGCCAUGGCCACGCUCGGCCUCUCCAAGGUGUUCAUCCUCGACAAGUACUUCACCGAGCUGCAGAAGUUCUGGGAGACCGAGAAGAAGCUGCAAGACGCGUCAUCGUCUAACGAGGCGGUGCACCUGCAGAGGCGGCUGCUGAGCCUCAGCUCCGAGUUGGUGACGCUCCGCAACCACCUGCACGUGGGAGCUGGUGCGGCGCCCGGGGCGCCAGGUCCCAGCGGCUGCCAGCCGGCCGUGCCGCCCGGGGCUCCAGGCCCCAGCGGCUGCCAGCCGGCCGUGCCGCCCCGGGCUCCGCUGCUGCUAGCUCCGCCCGCGCCGCCGCUCCCCCACCAGCCCCAAGCGCCGCCACAACCACCAGAGGUACGAUGGCGUGGUGCGGGGGGCGGCGACGUAGACGAUCUCAUCCACCUGCGAGGACCUCUCACCGAGGAUGCACUCGUCAGGACUCUACAGGCUAGGUUUUAUCAAAACAAAUUUUAUACGUGUGUAGGAAGUAUAGUGCUGGCUCUAAACGCGUACACGGACACAACGAACGCGCUGACUCCGAGCGCAGCGCGAGCCCAGCGACCCGAGCUGGCGCGACUGGUGCACGACGCCGUGCGACACCAGGGCGACACCGGCUGUCCGCAGGCCAUCAUACUCUCUGGCGUGUCGGGCUCCGGCAAGACGUACGCGUCCAUGGCGCUGUUGCGGCGCCUGUUCGACGUGGCGGGCGGCGGUCCUGAGACGGACGCCUUCAAGCACCUCGCCGCAGCCUUCACCGUGCUGCGAUCACUCGGUACAGCCGCCACUAGAGCCAACUCCAACUCCAGUCGCAUCGGCCACUUUAUAGAGGUUCAGGUAACGGAUGGUGCGCUCUACCGCACCAAGAUCCACUGCUACUUCCUUGACCAGACGCGAGUGGUGCGACCACCAGCGGGGGAGCGGAACUACCACAUCUUCUACCAGAUGCUGGCCGGCCUGACCGCUGAUGAACGCUCGCAGCUGCAUCUCGAUGGUUACUCGCCGCAAGACUUAAGAUACCUUGCAGCGACGGCCCCGGGUGCUGCGUGCGGGCCGUUGGCACCGCUGGCUCCGGACGGUGAACAGGCAGCGCGCUUCCAGGCGUGGCGAUCCUGCCUGGGGGUGCUGGGGAUACCCUUCCUGGAUGUAGUGCGCGUGUUGGCCGCCGUGCUACUUCUGGGCAACGUGCACUUCUCCGAAGAUGCGCCCGAUCCCGGCGGCGAGGCGGAGCUGGCUGCGGCUGGUGCUCUACUGGGUGUGGGGGCGGCGGCCCUGGUGCGAGGCGCAGGCUGGCGCGUGGCCCCGCGCGGGGCUCGGUCUCCGGCGCGCGCGCCCGCCACGCCCGCGGCGGCAGCCCGUGCACGCGACGCGCUAGCUAAGGCACUUUACUGCCGCACCGUGGCCACCAUUGUGCGCCGCGCCAAUUCGCUCAAGCGGCUCGGCUCCACGCUUGGAACGCUAUCUUCGGACUCUAAUGAAUCAGUUCAGUUGGCGGCGGCGUCGCGACGCGCGUCGACGGCGGGUAGCAGCGCGGGUGGAGGUGCCCGGGCGCGGGCGGCGGGGGCGAGGUCAAUGGCCGCGCUCAACGACGCCGUGCGGCACGCUACCGACGGCUUCGUGGGCAUCCUCGACAUGUUCGGGUUUGAGGACGCCGCACCCAGCCGUCUGGAGCAUCUGUGUGCCAACCUCUGCGCGGAGACGAUGCAGCAUUUUUACAAUACACACGUUUUUAAAUCAUCGGCGGAGGCUUGUCGCGAGGAGGGCGUGUGGGCAUCUACCGGUGCACUGGAGGUGGAGUACGUAGAUAACGUGCCAUGCAUAGACCUGGUGUCAUCGCUGCGCAGUGGUCUACUGGCUACGCUCGACGCCGAGUGUGCGGCCCGUGGCUCCCCUGAGCACUAUGUCGCUAGGAUUGAAGCUGCGCACAGAGGACACCCGCGGCUAGGGGAGGCGCGGGGCGGACGACGGUUUGCGGUGCGCCACUACGCGGGCGAAGUCACCUACGACGCGAGCGACUUUCUGGACGCCAACCGCGACGCCGUGCCCGACGAUCUGAUCGCCGCAUUCGACACCAGGCACUGCGAGUUUGGGUUUGCUACACAUCUGUUUGGGGCUGAACUGAAGGCCCUGGCUGCGGCUGGCGGCGCGACGGGUGCGUGGUUUCGCGCGUCGCCCACGGCGGCGGGCGCUACGGCUGCGGCAGCAGGCGCGGGCUCCUCCACGCUCACGCAGGACUUCCACACGCGGUUGGACAAUCUGCUGCGUACUCUGGUGCACGCGCGACCGCACUUCGUGCGCUGUCUGCGCGCCAACAGUACCGAGACGCCCAUGCUCUUCGAUAGAAAGACAGUCGCCGCCCAGGUGCUGGAGACCGUGCAGCUGAUGGCCAACGGGUACCCGCACCGCAUGCGGUUCCGCGCGUUCAGCGGCCGCUAUCGCGCGCUGUGCCGCGGGCGGGCGCCGGGCGCAGGUGAGCGCGACGCCAGCGAGAACUUCUAG